AUGUUCGAAUUCCUAUUUCGACCAAAAACAGCAGAAGACUGGCACGCCCAUCUUCGUCGAAAUCCUCAUCCCCAAAAGAUGCUGAAAUGCCUCCUUUCAGACAUAUCACUCAGCGAUAAACGCAUGAUCCUAUACGCAUUCCUCGAAGCAUGCGUCGAAAAGAGACAAGAAGAAUCUAAAUGCACGAUCCUGGAUGCAUUCCUCCACGCAUCCGUCGAAAGAAAGCACAAAGAAGUGCAAAACCCAAAACAUCUCAAAUACCUGGCAGGCACCAAAAAACAGUCUAAGCUACUAUGGCUCGAGUCUAAACUAGACGAUGCCAGCCACCUUGAAAUAACUCAGUUUAUCCGCUUCGCACUCUUCGACGAAGAAGAUGACUACAACGACAUGGACUGGUGUUCACGUAUCAUCAAAGCGGAUAUAAAAGCGCGGUGGAUCGUCCAGAGGGAGAUUUAUCUAAAUGAGGAAGUUCAAGCGCUAUACAAGUCACUGUCCCUUCUUCCUCCUAAUACUGAUGCUGCUGUUUCUGCUGCUGCUGCUGCUGCUGCUGAAGCGGAAUCCCAGCUCAACGCCCAUGAAAAAGAACUCCGAUAUCUAAAUUAUGUCUACUGGGCCCACAAGAGGCACAUUUGGCUCCUUGAAGCAGGGACCCCAGUAUCAGCAGCUGGACGGGCCUAUGAAGCUCGCAGAAAACACAUUCCAGAUUGGUAUCUCUCUGAAUGGCUGCGGCGCGACUGCGCGGGUCGUGGUGGCUGUUGUGGACGGGGGUGUGAGUGCUGCGAAAGGGCGCGAAACACCAGGGACAGAGAAUGGAGUCAUGGCCAUUGUACUAGUGCUUGUGGGUGUUGUGUUCGCACUAGGGGGCGUGGUAGGGCCAGGGAGGUUUUAUUACUGGGUCCAGAGGAGGAUAUGGAUGUGUUGCCGGAUGAUUGUGGGGUUAGCGAGGAUUGCCAGGGGUUGUAUGUCAAUAGGUUGAUGGUUGCCUAUAUUUGGGGGUUUGGGGGGUUUGUAUAG